UCCGUUAUGCUUAUUCGGUCACGCUAAUUCCGCGGAGCUGUGCCCCGAAAUAUUUCAAUUAUUAUUAUAUUUUAAUUGACAGUUUUGAUCAACUAAAGCGAGUGCCUCUAUGCAUUGUAAGCAGUGAACGAAACUCGGCUGGGGCAGGCACCGGGCCCAUGGCUGACGGCGACAAAAUGUUCAGCGCGAAUCGCUGGAAACGCAAUAACGCGAAAGUAGAGCAACUGUAACUGUAGCUGUAACUGUAACCCUGGGCGGGGAGCGCGGGGACGGGGGACUGAGGCGGAGACGCAAGAAGCAAAACAGCAGCGCAUCUUGAAACUCUCGGGGAUUUCGUGGAGAUGGAGCCACCAGCAGCGCCAGUGGCUCUGACGCCCCUGGCAGCGUCGUCGUCAUGUCGCCUGUCGGACAGGGCAGGACCAGCAGCGGAUCCCAUUGCUCUCACAUUGGGGACGGAGGAGGAGGAGGAGGAAGACGAAGAAGAGGAGGAGGAAGAAGAUGACGAGGAGGAAGACCCGAAGGAGGCCUUCUACGAGGCGCGCAACGGCAACGAAAGCGAUGAACUGGAGCAGGCCUUCCAGAGUGCCUUAACUCUGGCCAACGAUGUCCAGGUGAAUGUGAGCGAGGUGGAGGAGCAGCAGCCCCUGGAAAUGCACCAGGAGGCGGAAGGGCGGGAGCAGGAGCAGCCGGGCCCAAGUGAUCAAUCUUCCAAAGAUGAAAAACCCCUUGAAUCCCACAAGGAGCCCAAGGAGCCUCGCCACCAGACCUUGCUCUCCACAAAAUCGUGCGAGACGCCGGCCAAUAGCUCCACGCUUUCGCCCACCAACUCCUAUAAUGGCAGCAUCGGCAGCGAUGGCGGCAGCAGCGUGGGUGGUGGUGCCCGUCGCAAGUCCUGGACCCUGUCUCCACAGAGUGGUGGCUCCACGCCACUUAGCGGGGCCAGAAAGAAGACCAAGGCCACGGCACCGGUGGCGGUAACGGCGGGAGCAGUUCCUUCCACGCUGUCCAAUGCCAACGGCGAUGGCUUCAAUCUUUGGGUCGCACGCGAAUGCUUUGAGACAGUGCCCGCUGAGAUGGUGGACACGCUUAGCAUGGCCGAAGUGGACGAAGAGGCGGAGGCUGAGGAGGAGGAGGAUGAGGAGGCGGCUGCCGUGGAAAGUCUAUUAGGAGCCGCUGCUGCCCUCCAGGCCAGUGCCCAUGUACAGCGCCGCCAGCAGCAGCAGCAGCACUCCCAGCACCAUCAUCAUCUCCGUCAGCCGUCGCCACCCCAUCAUCGGCCACUGGAACGCUCCUGGCCGCCGCGAGCGCUUGGCCGCGAUCUUAAGCUGCAGGGCGACGUCUUUCAGUUCGACAUCCUAGACACGGACGAGCGACUGGGUCAGUGUGAGGAGCUGGCCCAGGGCAGCGGCAGUACCAACAACUCGCCUUUGGCUACGCCACCCGUUCGCUUUAAGCCGCUGCUGAAGAAGAAGAUCGGCCCCGAUAGCUACAUCAACACGAUCAGCGCGCAAAAGGUGCCAGCACACCAGAAUUACGAGUUCCCCAGCUUUCCCAGCUCCUCGGGCGUCGGAUCCGGCUCGUCCUCGUCGCCCAACAGCCUCCAGUUCCCGUAUCUGCGCCAGCACCGUCCGCUCACCCGUGCCCUGUCCAAUGGCAAGGCAAGUUCAUCCGAGGAGCAGGCCUCUCCGCGUCUCCUGCUCUCACCAAAGCGCCAAAGAAGCCCUCCUUCUGGCUGCUCCACGCGCAGUGCCUCACCCCUAGACCUCAGCGUGAGUCCAGAGCAACAUUCGCCAACCAGGGGUCGCGGAGUGGGUGGGGCAGUUCAGGAGCAGGCGGUUGCUCCAGGAACACCCACUUUCCACGGCCAUCGUCCACAGCAGCGGCUGCUCAAGCGUGUGGGCGGUGGGGCCGGAGCAGGUACCACAGGAGGACCUGCGGGAUCGCCUUUAAUAUGUCCGCCUACGCCCACUCACCAUGCCCGGCGGCAUGCCCGCCUUCAAGCCGUCACUGCCAACUCUAGCCUCGCCAGCUCAGGCUCAGGAAUCCUAGGGGAUCCAAACGGCCCAAGCUCUAGUCAAUUGGAUUAUAUUUACCUGCAGGACGGUGGCCAGGAAACGGGUACAGCGGAGCCCUCCGAUGAAAUGGUGCACAUCAGUAGCACGCGCCUUCCCUCCAUUCCGGAACGCAGUGCAGCAGCAGCAGCCGCAGCUGCGGCGGCGGCGGCAACAGCAGGAAGCACAGCUCUAAUGGAACCCGGAGCGGGACAGGUAUCGGGAUCUAGCGCUGGUGCUGGGGCACCGGGAGAGCCACCAUUACCGCCCGCUUGGGAGGCACGCAUGGACAGUCACGGUCGCAUCUUUUACAUCGAUCACACGACGCGAACAACCUCCUGGCAGCGGCCUGGUGCGGCACCCAGCGCAGGACCCGCCGGCCGUGAGCAGCAUCAUCGCCAGCAGCUGGACAGGCGGUACCAGAGCAUCCGGCGGACCAUUACCAAUGAGAGCAGGGCGGCUCAGCUGUACAACCUGCCAUCCUCGGACAAUGCCAUGGCCACCGCCACUGCUAAUGGCGCUGCAGCACCAGCUGCACCUCCUGCCGCCGCCUCGGCCAUCCAUCCCGCCAUCCUGAUGCUCUGCCGCUCGGAUUUCUACUCGCUGCUGCACACCAAUGAAGCGGCUCUGGCCAUCUACAACCGGAAUGCGGCGCUCAAGCACAUGGUCAUGCGCGUAAGGCGGGAUCCGCAGUGCUUUCAGCGGUAUCAGUACAACAAGGAUCUCGUGGCGCUGGUCAAUACCUUUGCCCAGCUGGGCAGGGAACUGCCCUCCUGCUGGGAGACGAAGCUGGAUCAGUCGGGCAAGCAGUUCUUCAUUGACCACCAGCAUCGUCGCACCUCGUUUAUGGAUCCGCGCCUACCGGUGGAGUGUCCCCGGGUGGUUCGCCAUCGCCAGCAGCAUCCGUCGCAGCAACAGCAUCAACAGCAGGGUGUUGUGGGUGGCUACUUCUACCCGGACCUGGUGGACGGCAAUUGCCUGUCCGCUACGAGUGGUCAUAUAAGUGCCAGUCCAGGGGUAUCCUCCUCGGUUUCAGGGGUGCCUCCGUUACCACCGCCCCGGCCCUCAAUUGCGUCGUCGUCGUCGUCGUCGAGAAGUGGCCAUCAUGGACACGGUCACAACUGCACCACGGCAGCGGCCAUUGCUUGUGCGCUAAGCCUGGGUGGGGCAGCAGCGGGCGGAGCAGCAGGAGCCACUGCAGCCGGUUAUGAGGAUGUGCCCAUUGCCUACAACGAAAAGGUCAUUGCCUUUCUGCGCCAGCCCAACAUCCUGGAGAUCCUGCGGGAGCGUCAGGGCCAGCACACAGUGUCCCGUUCCCUGCGCGAGAAAAUCAAUAUACUGCGGGUUGAGGGUGUUCCAGCUCUCGAGCGUUUGGGCCAUGACCUACAGUUGACCAUUUUGCUGAGCCUGUUCGAGCAGGAGAUCAUGAGCUAUGUUCCUCUUGAAGAGCGCAGUCCACAGGGCUCGCCGGUUCUUAGUUCCCGGAUGCCACAGCGGGCGCCUCCGCCGUUCCGUCGUGAUUUCGAGGCCAAGCUGCGCAGCUUUUACCGCAAACUGGAGUCCAAGGGCUAUGGCCAGGGACCCCACAAGCUCAAACUGCACAUCCGUCGCAGCCACUUGUUGGAGGACGCCUUCCGUCGCAUCAUGUCCGCCAACAAGAAGGACUUGCAGCGCGGUCGCCUCGCCGUCCUCUGGGACACGGAGGAGGGCCUGGACUAUGGAGGACCCUCUCGCGAGUUCUUUUUCCUGCUAUCCCGCGAGCUGUUCAACCCGUACUACGGACUCUUUGAGUACUCCGCCAACGAUACGUACACGGUGCAGGUGUCGCCGCUGUCGGCGUUCGUUGACAACUGCCACGACUGGUUCCGCUUCAGCGGACGGGUGCUGGGCCUUGCCCUGGUCCACCAAUACCUCCUCGAUGCCUUCUUCACGCGACCCUUCUACAAGGCUCUGCUGCGCCUGCCCGUGGCCCUGAGCGAUUUGGAGUCGCUGGAUAAUGAGUUCCAUCAGUCUCUCCAAUGGAUCCGCGACAACGACAUUGGCACUGGCGUUGACCUGGGCCUCACCUUUUGCGUCACCGAGGAGCUACUGGGGCGCGUUGUAGAGCGAGAAUUGAAGCAGGGCGGCAAGAAUAUGAUUGUCAACGAGAAGAACAAGAAGGAGUACUUGGAGCGAAUGAUCAAGUGGCGACUGGAGCGCGGCGUCCAGGAGCAGACGGAAUCGCUGGUCCGUGGGUUUUACGAGGUGGUCGACUCCCGCCUGGUAUCCGUUUUCGAUGCCCGCGAACUGGAGCUGGUGAUCGCGGGUACCGCUGAGAUAGACACCAACGACUGGCGCCUCAAUACGGAGUAUCGUUCCGGCUACCAUGACAAUCACCAGGUGAUUAUCUGGUUCUGGCAGGUCAUAGAGCAGCGAUUCAGCAACGAACAGCGCCUGCGGCUUCUGCAGUUCGUCACGGGCACGUCCAGUAUACCGUAUGAGGGCUUCUCGGCCCUGCGCGGCUCGACUGGGCCGCGUCGCUUUUGCAUCGAAAAGUGGGGAAAACCCAAUGCCCUGCCCCGGGCUCACACGUGCUUCAAUCGUUUGGACUUGCCGCCGUAUCCCACGCCGGAGCUACUCUACGAGAAGCUGCUGCUGGCCGUCGAGGAGACUAAUACGUUUGGCAUCGAGUAGGGGAGAUGUAGAGAAACGUGAUAUUUGCUUGCACCUCAUCCCGAAACGCUUUAUUUCGAUUCGUUUUUGUAGUCGAGAUGGUCGAGAAAUUCCGGAGAAUAGUUAUUUAUGUUAUAUAAUGGUAGGGAUCCUCCUAGCUACUUAGUUUGUAGACACUUUUGCCUUCGCCUUCGUUCGCCGUUCAAUACGAGCGCAAGUUUUACCUCAACAAGAGCAAAAACAGUCAUUAGUCCCUAAGAUCUAACUUAACUUUGGGAGCGAGCCACUCCCACUCCCACUUAGAGUCUAAGAAUCCCGUUGCUUGACUCCUCUGCUCAGGCUCAGCUCAACUCAGAGAGAUUUCUAGAGAGAGAGCGGAGAGUGGAAGAGAUUCUAUCGCCAAUACUUAAAUAGCUUGUAAUAUUGUUGUCCUUUAGCCUUAACUCGAAUUCCAAACUCCAAAAUUGAACACUCCCCCUAGAUAUGUAUGCAUUUCGUCUAGAAGCGUAUUGUGGAUGUCAGUUAUUAUAGCAUAUAUAUAUAAAAAUAUAUACAUACAUUCCUUUGGAGUCCUUCCUUGCCACCCAAAAGGUAAAUUGUUUUUGAAUUUACAAAAAAAAAAAGCCCCCAGACAAGUAUGUUUAUACCCAGGACUACAGGUUGCGGCCAACGACAAUAUGAUUAAUAAGAUGCAUAACGCCAGACAAUUUUAAUAUUUCAAAUUUAAUUGAAACUACAAUAUUUACAUUUGUCCAUAUUCUCACAUGCAAAUGGUUUUUGAUUUUGGUUUUUGAUUUGUUCCCCUCUUAACAUUUUAAGAGCGAGCAAUGGCUUGCGCGUUACUCAUCUUAUUUUGGUAUUGUCCUUGGUACAAUCUCAAUGGGAUCUACUUACAAUUUAUAAUAUACAAAGAAUUGGCUGCUGUUUUUUGCCUACGAUUACUAACAAAUUGGUCCAAUAAACGCGUUGCUUUAGCUUUACAUACAAGUAACGAUACAAAACAUGGAUGAAAUUAAACAAAAUAUAUAUAAAAUUAAAAAGAAGACAAAAAAAAAUUAGCUAAUUAAUUGAAAGAAAAAUUACAUUUGUAUGAUUUAGUAUCGAAUCGAAAGUAAACACAACAGAUAACGAAAAAGAUUUGGUGAUUUAUUCAAUAAGUUAAUACGGAAGGCAGGCAACGACAGAGACAACAGCACCGUUGGAGAGAGACAGAGCGAUAGACAUGCCAGAGACAGAGAUGGAAGCCGAGAGAGAGUACGAAGAGGAAAGAGAAGAAACGCUUUUUGAACUACUUAUGUAUGUAUUGAUAAACUGAAGAUUGUUUUAAAUGAAUUAUUAAUAAAUGUGCGUGUGUAUUUAUGAACAAAUUAACUAUAAUUGAAAACAAAUAAUAAAUGUGAGCCUUUUACUUCAAAAGCAA